AUGAUUGUUCCUCUCGUAUUCUCGAUAUUUUGUUGUAUCCUACACGUGUUUUUGAUGAGCAAUGUGUUGGGUAGUAGUUGUAGUACAUUAUCAUCACCGACAUUAAUGAUCCAAAGAAAGGCUCUUUCGGAUCCCAUCUUGAAAGUCUGUAAAUCUGAAAUUCCGAAUCAAAUCAAGAGUAUGAUUGAGAACUUUCCAGCCACUUUUGCAGUUCGGGUCGUGAUGAAUCAAACCAUGGAAUUAUUCGACUACAAUUCUGAUCCGUUUUUUCAACCAGCUUCUAAUAACAAAUUAUUGACCACUAUUGCAGCUUUGAACCAAUUAGGAAGCAAAUUUAGAUUUCAGACCACCUUUUAUUAUGACUACAAGCAGAAGAGCGUUGUGGUACGGCCAAUGGGAGAUCCAACUCUCACUUUUGAAAAAUUGAAGAUUGAAAUUAAGGGUGUCCUUCAACAAUUGAAUACUGAGAGUGUGGAACAAAUCAUUGUUGACAAUAGCUUUUUUAAUCCAAUUCCGUUCACCAAUGAUGGUGAUUUUAAUUUUCCUUCCAGCUGGGAAUGGGGCAAUAUGCAAUAUACAUUUAGUGCUCUACCAAGCUCGUGCUCUUUGGAACACAAUAUAUUUAAUUUUAAUGUGAAGGCUGGUACGAAGGUUGGAGAUGCAUUGAUUGCCACCAUUGAUGACAAGACUUUUGAAUUUGCAAUUCCAAUUCUUCAAUUUGAUACCACUUUUACGAGAACUAUGAACUGUAGUGGUGGAAAUAACAACAAACAGCAAGAGACUGUGAAUGCUUUUUACAGACCUCUUGAUAGAAAAGUCAUUGUGCGAGGCCAACUUUGCACAUCAAGCAUUUCUCCACAAAGCUUGACGAUCUUGGAUCCUGAUGAAUUUUUCGUACAAGCAGUGAAAUUUAUUUCCAACAAACCUGUCACUCUGACGUAUCUCAGCGAUGAACAACGAGCCAACAUGUUUUCAUUCAGCAAAGACACUAUUUAUUCGGAUAAUAUUUUAAGAAUUAUGAACACAACACUUCAAGAAAGUGACAAUACCUAUGCUGAGCUCUUUUUAAGACAAAUAGGUGCAUUUCUUAAGCCCAGUGACAGCUUGACCCCAUUCCCAUCCAUCACACAACGAGGCAUUCAAAUGGUCAAGAAUAUUCUCACAAGUGCACCAUACAAUCUCUCACCUAAUACAUUUUUCCAAGAUGAUGGAAGUGGCCUUUCUCGUCACAACCUCGUCUCUGCGAGAAGCUUAGUGGAUGCACUAGUUGGUGUCUAUUACAAGGGUGCAGGUGGUGUUGGUGGAGAGGUUUACAAAUCCUUGCUUCCUCUUGGAGGCGUUUCUGGAACAUUGAAAAAUCGUUUCAAAAACUUUCCAGGAAUUGUUUCUGCAAAAACUGGUUCGUUGGAUGGAGUUAGCUCAUUGAGUGGCUAUAUUCGAAAUGAGAGAUUUAAAGAUCCAAUAAUUUUCUCAAUUAUUGUGAAUCAGUGUCCAUUAAGUGCGUCACAAAUGCAUCAAAUCAUUGAUUCGAUUGUAAUACUUUAUGCAUUUAUGAAUCCAGAUUGUUAG